UUAUUUAGUAGUUUUGGUUUGGUUCGUUGUUUGGUUUUUGGUUAGGAUUUUGGAAUCUGGGACGGGAAGGCGGCGUUUCCAUCCAGCCUACCUACCUAGGCUAUCAGUUUGGCAUAACUUAAAUUAAUUUAGUUUGGUUAAGGCGAUACAAACAUAAACUACAAUUAAAGUUAGGCCGUUAGGCCUCAUCUUGGAAUUGGAAGCAGGUAACUUAUUGAGUUAGUAAAAUGGACAAGAAAAGUAAAAAGAAAGAAGUGAAAAUGUAUUUUGUGAUACCUGAUGGAUGCAAUCAAGAUGAAGUCCAGGAUGGCUUGAAAAUGGCUUUUCAGGAGAGUAAGGAAGCUGGCCUUUCUCCUGAAUGGAUAACGGAAAAGGAUUGUUUGAGUAUUGAUUCCUCCAAGAAUGUGGUGUUUAUCCUUCAAGAGUUUAUUAAAGACUCAGAAACUUUUAAAAAUCUACGAUCAUCUAAGAGUUUGGUAUGUGGACCAAUGUGCUUGCGGAGCUGUUUGGCAGAAAACAAACCUAUCCCCAUGAGCAAGAGCCCAGUGUUUACUGCUGCCAUGACUGACUUAGUGGUAACAGCAAGUCAGGUGCCCCCUGAAGUCAAAGCUGAAAUCAAAGAAAAGGUGAGCUUUAUGGGAGGAAUCUACAUCAGCAACCUGUCUGACUCCGUGACCCACCUUGUAACCAAUGCAGUACGAUCAGCCAAGUAUGAGGUGGCUGCUGAGAAGGGUCUCCCCAUCAUGAAGGUUGAUUGGGUGGAUUAUGUGUGGCGAGAGUCUCAGAGUUGCAACAUCAAAGCCACUGACCCUGAGAUAAUGGCCAAGUACAAGUGUCCAGUGUUCUUCAACAUGUUCAUAGCCUGCUCAAACCUUCCAAAGAAAGAAAAAGAGAAAAUUAAGGAUCUCGUAACAAAACACGGUGGCACGUUCACACCAUCCAUGCGGCAGUAUGAGACUACUCUACUGGUGGUAGAGGAGCCACAAGGUGUAAAGUACCAACAUGCCAGAUCCUGGGACCUGCCUUGUGUACGGCCGUCCUACAUCUACGAGAGUGUAACCAAGGGAUACGCUGUGGCCAGCAAGCAGCACCUCGUGGAGCCUAGCGUGCAGUGUUCGACCCCCACAAAGGAGGAUGACAUUGCCAAUUUUACUUACAACUCUGAUCCAUCAAUAAGUGUGAUAAACUUUGACACCAACAAAACUCACAUAGAUGAAACUCAAAUGUCAAACAUGACACAAGUGAGUUCCCUGCAAAGACAGCCUCUACGGCCAUCAGGAAACAAUCAUAUUCAAAUCCUGAAUUCUCUGACCAUAUCUGAGGCUAAAAAAGCAGGAUCCUUUGUCGAUGGAUGCAAGGUAUAUCUGAGUGGUUACAGAGGGAUGGACUUAGAGAAGUUAGUUCGUAUUCUCAGCUUGGGAGGAGCAACAGUGUUUUCCGAAAUGUCAGAUAGUGUGUCUCACGUUAUACUUGGUGAAUUUGUAAUAGAUGAUGUGAAAGCACUAUCUGGUUUUGCUCAGAAACCACAUGUUGUUAGCCUGGAGUGGUUGGCAGCUUCUAUCAAACAGCGAGCUCCUGCUACAGAGGAAUCUUAUCACUGUCUAGAACCAAAGAGGUUGCCCGAGCCCCCCUCUCCCCUCAGUCAGAAGGGAAUGGAGCUGCUGAAACCCCCAACUGAUGACAGUGCAGCCUCUAAGAUGCCUCCCCCUCCUGAGCCCCCUGUCAAUAGAAAACUCUUCUCAGAGUUCAUCAAAGAAAAUAUAAAAUCUGAUGUGUCGCCCAUGAAGUCAAACCAAAAUCAAUCUGUUAACUCAACAACUACAAGCCAGGAUUCAUAUGUGCCUGACUUAUUUCUGGGCAAGAAAUUCCUUGUGGUUGGAUACGAUACUGAACUAACCCAAAACAUUGUGGAAGCCAUAGAAGAGUCUGGAGGUACUGUUGUGGCAACCAAUUUUAAAGGAGUCCCUGACUAUGCUGUGGUGCCCGUAGAAACUCCUGUGCCUAAUGUUACUGCAAUGGAAGUAGUAACACCCCUGUGGCUGGAGGAUUGUAACGAUGCUAAAGAGUUGGUAAAAAUAGAAUAUUACCAUCAACCAUUAAUUGUAGACACAGAAAAGAAGCCUCUGACUAGCUGUUGCUUGACACUGAGCAGCUACACUGGCCGAGAGAAGGCAUUCCUAGUACAAAUGACAGUGGCUCUCGGAGCUGUGUACCAGGACACCCUGGUUAAAGUGGCUAAGAAGAGUGGAGACCAAGAGCUGCUAGCUUCCACUCACCUUGUCUGCCCCAAGCCUGAGGGUAAGAAGUUCACUGCUGCCACUAGGUGGGGUCUGACAAUAGUUACCAAGGAUUGGCUUCUGGCUUGUGCACACUCUAGUUCAAAAGUUCCAGAAACCAGUUUUCUGGUCUCAGAAAUAGCAGACUCGUCAGCCAGUAUUGGAUAUCAAUCGCUCAGUUCAGUGACCAAGCAAACCACAUCAACAUCUGCAGUGGUCAGCACUCCUAAGCCUACAACUUUCUCAACUAAGGAGGCUGAUGUCAACUUCAAGACUCCCACCAGUGGUCCUGCCAACCCUCUGCCCCACCCUGCUGUCAACUCACUGAAGCGCAAGAGUUCUGCAAUCACACCUGAUGAUCACAGUCCCUUCCAUGUUUCCACACCUGACACACCAUAUGGACAGUUUGUAGCAACUCCGACAACUGAAUCAAAAAAGCGAUGGAAAAGGUACAUUGAUGAGUUCCCUAGUAAACCACCAUCACCUUCGUCCUCACCCAGGAACCCACGAAGACAAAGCACACCUAUCUCAGAAUUAAAAAGAAGAGCAUUUGCCCUAGCUUUAGAGACUUCUGAGGAGAACGUCAACCCUAACUAUUCAAUAGAGGAAAUGGAAGAGGAACCUGAAAGUGCACCAAACCAACCUUCAGUAAAUGCAUCAAUGACCAGAGAAACAACUACUCCAAGAACAUCUGCUGUGCAAUGCAAAAAGAACAUUGAUAGCAACACUUCACUGAGUGCUGCAGCUGGUUGGUCCUCACCAUCUGUCUGUGACUUCAAAGUUUCAAAUGGUACUCCAUCAUCAAACAAGAAAAAGAAUAUAGAUACAAAAACCCAAGAAGAGGAAACCAGAAAUGAAAUGGUUUGCAAAAUGCUUCAUCAACUCCAUCAAAGGCUGAGUAAUACUCCAAACACAUCUUCAGAAGAGAAACGACCCCACCUCAACUAUAAGCACCUCACUAACUACGAGAAUCAACCAGCAACUUCCUCAUACAGCACACCUGCAGCAAACCCAAUAUUAGACCCAGAGUCACAACCAAUCCUGAUGGGCUGGGAUGAUCCUGUAGAAUCUGCUGAGAGAGCCAGAGCCUCAGUACGGAGAUUUGGGUUGGCCUUCCAGGGUUCGCGUCAAGAUGUUACUUUCACGCUCAGCCGUGCCGUCGCCUUGGCUGAGGUUUACCGCGUCGGAGAUCUCGAGCAUCUGGUUCAUCACACAGAUGUCGCCGUAGUCCGGAUUAAUCCUCACGGACCGGUCACUGCCCCUUCCACCGCAGUGAGACGUGGUGGCCUUCCAUGGAAGCUAGUCGCCACCCCCGAAAUUGACUUCGUGUUCAGCACACGACAUCCAGCCAGGCACUUGGGUUCUGCACACCAAGUAUGGGUUGACUCCGUCUGCCGUUGUAGCCUGGGGUCCACCGUUGCCCUCCUGUCGUCACAGCCGCAGGCUGAGGCUCAUUCCGCCCCCCCCCCACUCGUCGUAGUAGGCUGGGGCUCAUCCGGCCUCACCUGGCCGUCGUUGCAGGCUGGGUCUGUUGUGACCACCGUCGAUGCUACUGCAGAGUCGAGUCAUACUUCCCAUCCGUCGCCGCUGUCGUCUGGGCAUCUGGUUUCUCAAACAAACCCCUGUCGGUGCUGUCGUCUGGGAAUCCGGCUCAUCGCACGGAUCCCUGUCAUCGCCGUCGUCGGAUAG